UGGACUGGGUAAUUAAAAAAUCACAUUCUUUCUUUUACUUCCUCGGUAUAAGAGGGGGCACGGGACGACGUCCCUUCACCAUCCGACUCUUAGGGUUCAAUGGCAUCGAACUUCCCCGACCUCCCUUUGUUUUUCUCCAUCUUCUCUGUCAUCUAUCUCUUCGCUUACUCGGUCGUCUUCCGCAACUGGCCUCCCAAAUUCCGACCUGAGGCAUCCAGCUGUCUCAUCUCCAUCUUCCAUGGCACCCCCGCUGUCAUCCUUUCCUCACGCUCCCUCCUCUCCUCUCCCUUCCGCUCCUUUUCCUCCCCCAACACCGCCUCCCAGAACUCCGUCCUCGAUUUCAGCAUCGCCUACUUCCUCGCCGAUCUCCUCCACUAUGUCCUCUUCUACCCCAGCGACGUCCUCUUCAUCGGCCAUCACUUGGCUACUUUGUUCGUCUUCCUCACCUGCCGCUUCCUUGUCGGUCACGGCGCAUGCGCUAUCCUUGGUCUUCUCAUCCUCGCCGAGGUCACCAGCGCCUGCCAGAACGCUUGGACCCUCGCCCGUGCCAGACGACAUGAUCCUGACGCUCGCUUCGCCCCCAAAGUGUAUGAUUUCUUGUCCCCUCCGUUUUACGCCUUCUACAGUUUGGUUAGGGGUGUGAUCGGUCCCCUCUUUGUCUGGAAAAUGGUUGCCUUUUACGCCGUGGGUGGGGCCGACGGUUUGAUACCUAAGUGGGUGUGGAUAUCUUGGAUUGUUGUGGUUGGAGUCGCCAUCAGCGUUAGUAUUCUUUGGAUUUGGAAUCUGUGGGUAGAAUUCUUUAGGGAAAGGAAGGUGAAAUUGCUAGUAGACAGGAAAACUAGAUAGUUGAAGAACCAUGCCCCCUUCCAUGUACUAUGAAGAAUUUCAUAGAAUAUCUUACGAUUGUUAUGUCACAUUUUCCAGACAUUUAUAUAUCAUGGAUGUUUUUGGAUUAAUCUGUUCUCUCUAGCACAUUCGAUUCAUCAUAUGGUUCUUGCAACACCACUUUGGGUGCUUAUUUUCCUUUAUCCGUUAGGAGCUGAUGCCCCCAAGCAUCGUGUCUGUAAUUUAAUUUUGAGUAUGAUUUUAUAACUAUCUAUCAGGAAUUGAUCAACAAGGAGGCAUCUAAUCUAUGUAUAUACUCCUCGAUAAGCUGAACUUCUUGUGUUUGUAAUAGCUAGCCAGCUGAAACAAGAAGGGUGAACUGCAUUGAAAAAAUUUAUGUUGGGCUGCAAAGUAUGCUGGAAUUGUCAGUGUAUAACGGCAAUGAGCACUUUGAGUCCAGCAAUAAGAGUGAGAGUGAUACUACCGUGAUCUUGUUCCUGCUUCAUUUACUCAAUUUGACAAGAUCCAUCUGCGUAAAAAUGCUGGAAGGGCAUUUCACCAUGAUUAAAGUUUACUGAAUACUUGCUGGUGGAAAGUGGUGUCGUAUUCUUGAGUUAUGUUGUUGGAUGGGUUGAUGCGAAUUACAGAUUGUCGAUUCUCGUUUGGCAAUUCUAAGUGGCUACACCCUAGGGUCAUUGGGGUUCGUUCCUUAACGGCUCCUAUGAUAGGCUCUCAGGCCUCUUAGAUUGAGCUGUUGCUCGUAUAUUUUACCAACACAGACCAAACCCAUGCGCAGGUGACAUUUCAGCUGUUUGUCAUGUCAUAUAGGCAUUGAGCUCUGGGUCCAUCUUUAUGUAAAAUGAUGUACAAACCAAGCUUUUCUGCCUGAUCUUGUCAAACCAUCAAUUCUAAAAUAUGCACUUGUGAGGGUUAGAGUGAGCUGGUGAAGAAAGAUGGUCUGUGCUUUGCAUGACCAACUCCUGUGCUGGGUGCAGGACGAGGUUUUUGUUCGAAGUUGGGUUUCCGAUUACUCCAAAAAAAACUUAAGGGAAGGGAUUGUCUCUUGGGGGGUUAAUUUACAACUUUGUUUGCUUGGAUUGGGCUUGGCUUCUUUGUUUAGCUCAAUCUCUAAGGCCCGUAGUAAACCCAUAAUCCAUCUCUAUUAAGCCCAAGCCCUAAUAAAGGCUUCCACCGCCUCCUGGAACGUUGCCACUGGUAAUUCGAAUUGCUUGGGGUGAAAAUUCUCCCUCCCGUCGGAUCAGAAAGCGGUCGUCGAUCCUAGCGGCGGAGUACGUGCGGCACAACAAGACCACACGGAUCAAGCAUUGGCUCAUCUUCCGCCUUCACAGUCCCGUUUUCAGAUUGACUCAUGAUGGCAAGCAUUUAUUUCUCCAAAGGCUGAGGUAGAAGAAGAUCCAGCGAUCAUAUCACUUGGAUGACACUUCAUAUGGUUACAACAAGUUAUGACAAAUGAUGUCGACUUGGGUUCAUGCUAUCAGUUUUGGAAGUUUAUGAGACUCUACUUGCCUUGUUUAGAUUCAAGCUGUAAAUGUAAUGUAUCCACCUAUCCUUGGUCCUCGAUCCAAAGCCUUAACAGCAGCACCAGCUGACCUCCAAUGAUCCUGGGGCGUUGAUGCACCUUGUUGCAGAUACCAAUGAAGAGGUUAACAAAGGCAUGCAAGAAACUACUCAAGGCUGUGAAAUUUUAAUGAGUCUCGAGGAGGGAUAUAUUCCCUGAUUAUGCAGGCAAAGCUGUGUCAUUGACUGGUGUGCGUAUGUGUGUGUUUUGGAAGGAGGAUCUGGAAGAUCCGCCGGGGUUGUUGAAGCUGCUGAGAAGGAGAAGAAGAAGAUGAUGAGCUUUAUGGAGAAGCAGUUCCGUGGUGAACUGUCAAUGCAAGCCAAGGGAAGAUAUCUGCGGGUGUCUGUUUCUAUGAAACUGGUGAUGAGAUUGAAACAAUGGGAAUUAUAUGUUGAUGCCGCGGAAGGUCGACCUAUACAAAGCCACGAUGAUAGGCCCGAAACUAACGAAGGUGUCAAGGAGCCUAAGAAGAAGUUGCAUCUCCUUGUUAUUUAUUGCAUAUGCAUUUUUUUGCUUUU